AUGGACUCAAUUGAGGUAUACGUACAAGCGCAAUUCGCCGCUCUCAAGGCGAGAACGGAGGACAAGCAGCAAGGGCAUGCAGCCGUUUCGAAAGAGCCGUCAAAGGCAUCCAGCAAGUCUCCCGAUCCUGCCUCCGUACACCGCAUAAGCUUCGUCGGCGACUCAACGAGUGUGAAGGUCAAUGCUGACCAGCUCAUCGAUCAGUCCAAAUAUGAACAACCUCUCAUCGAAGCCAAUUUCGCUGCUCUCGAGCGUACAGCCGAUCCUCCUGCGCUUGCGCAAGAGCACACAGCCGGCUCUUCUGCCACCGAGUCUGCGACCGCGGUAUCCGUUCAGGCUUCCCAACCUCGAAUGCAAGCUGGUGGUCGCCCUCCUGUCGCGGGUUUCCACGAACACGUUGAGCCUGCUGUAUAUCAGGCGUUUCUCGAGCGUCUGGGGGUAGUCAAUGGCAAGAACUCCAUUGCAUUUCGAACAUGGCAGGCUUACCUCAACUCGCUGACCAUCACAGCCACCGUAGAGCAGCUCAAGUCAGAACAGCUCGAGUCAGAGGUUAAGAAGCUAAAAGCAAAGCUCGAGCAUACGAGCAUGAGCUUGCACGAAGCCGACACCGACGCCAGUCACCUCCGAGAUGAAGUUUGGGAAUUGAAGAUCGAGCUUCGCCAGGCCAAGAACAAGCUCUCCGAUCAAGAGAAGGACGAGUACAAAGCCAUCAUCGAAUCUGCUCCCAAGCGACGUAGAGUUACUGCCUACGGUGGCGACGAAGCUCUUCGAACACCUGCAACGCCAUACCAGGUAGUCUCUAGGCAGGUCUCAGAGUCCCCCCGGGUGCCGAUGUCGCCGCCCCGCCUCAGCUGUUCGCUCGAGACUUAA